GCGGCCUUGGCCGUAGCGGUCGCGGUAAGGGGUUUGAAGGUGGGGGGAGGUUGGGUGGGAUGCAACCGACCCAGCUGAUCUGGUAGAGGAUUCGCCAAGAACGUUACUGAUUGAAGAAAAUGGCAUCCAACGGCGCAGAGGAUGAUGAGUUUCAGGAUGCCGUGGAAGAACAAGCCACGAUCAAGCUGCCCGACCACCACGGGGCCAUGACGCUGGAGCGGGCGUUGGACGAAUGCCGCGUCGCCGUCCGCUACUUCUUCAACAACCAGUUCGACGAGGCGCGUGACCUGAUGCGGCCCUGGCGGGACUCCAGCAUCUACCACGCCAUGGGUUACGGAACUAUGCUCUACCUGCAGGCUAUCAUGACCUUUGACCCGCGGGACAUCGAGGCGGCCGUGGAGGUGCUGCGCGCCAGUGUGGAGGUGUGUAACCGCGCGCGGCGCAAGAGCACGCUCGGCGAGACCGUGACCAAAAUGGUGAAGAAGCCCGACUACCGUCUGUACACGGAAGAGGAGGCUCACGCCGAGCUCUGUUACGCUGAAUGUCUGCUCCUGCGGGCCGUGCUCAACUUUGUCGAGGAUGAGACGCUCAUCAGCCUGGUCAGAGGCGGUCUCAAGGUCAAGACGUGUUACACCCUGCUACCGAUGACCGCCGUGUUUGGGGCCGGCAGGGACUGCUGGCAGAUGCUGAAGCACAGGGACUGGACCGGCUCCAAGACCAAGCAACACUUUGAAGGCGGCGUCCGGCUCGGUGUGGGCACGUUCAAUUUGAUGAUCUCACAACUUCCGGCGAAAAUCUUGAGGUUGCUGGAAUUCGUCGGGUUUACUGGGAACAAGGCGAAAGAGGACGUGGGCCUGCGCGAGCUGGAGGCCGGCUUCGGGCUGGCGGACAGCAUCCACCGAUCGCUCUGCAGUCUGGUGCUGCUCGGCUACCACCUGGUGGCCACAUACUUCCUCAGCAACUCGGAGGGCGACCUGGCCGGCUCGGAGCGCAUCCUCUCCGAGGAGCUGGUGGUGAGGCUCAGCUCCCCCGCCGAGGGCCGUCGCGCGGAGGCGGGUGCGGAGGUGCUCCUUUCUGUGUCUAGAUGA